AUGAAACGCCUCCUACAAGACAUUCGACACUCAGCGCAUGUGUUGACCCAGAGGCACCAAUACACCCAUGUGGACUCUAUUGCAUUGUCUAACUCCCCUCACUCCUUGCUGGCCCGCACAUUGCCCUGGUUCCUCCAACUGGCUUUCUUUUUCACUGCGUUCGGGUUUCUCACAUUCAGAUAUCAGACGGUCGCUACAGAUCAAACAUGCACCGCCCGGCUUUUUUCCUACUCGCCCGUUAUAGAGGCAGGAAUCAUCCGAUAUACAUCGUACAACAUAGCUGGUGACUUUGAACAGCCUUCUGUCUAUCGGGGUCGGCCUACCAACAAAACAGAAGCCGCAUGGCAAAAAUUGUUCAUAGCACCGGGCAUCAACGUCCCAGAGGCUAAGCUCCCCUUGCUCAAUAAAUCGUCGACUGCGAACUGGCUCCGAACUCCCGAAAAGAAAGGCGAAGGUUACGUAGGGUACCUGGAGGUAUUUCAUCAGCUGCACUGCUUGCACAUGGUUCGGAUGAAGAUUUAUCAAAAGGAAUAUGAGGAAGAGUUCGGGUAUCCAGCGGCCCAGUUUGGGCCGGAAGAUGCCACCAUUACAGCCACGCAUAUCGACCAUUGCCUCGAGACACUGCGCUUGAACGUGAUGUGCGCAGCAGAUGUUACGCCGGUAAUGAUCGUGGCAGAUGAUACAGCGCCUCUAGGUCGCUACGUGGAUUUCAAAACGAUGCAUAAAUGCCGGAAUUUCUGGGACAUCCGGGCGUGGGUUGACCAGAAUAAAGUAAUGGACUAA